GACACACUUCAAAACGAUGAUGAACAGGCUCUCAAAUGGGCUGCUCUUGAAAGGCUUCCAACGUACGAUCGGGCACGUAAAGGUCUGCUGCAUGGAGUUGCCGGGGACUUCAAAGAAAUCGAUCUUCAGAAGCUUCGGAUUCAAGAAAGGAAGGAGCUGUUGGACAGGUUGAUCAGCAAUGCUGAUAAAAAUGAAGAGUUCUUGAAGAAGCUCAAGAAGAGAAUUGACAGAGUUACUCUGGAUCUGCCAACAAUAGAAGUUCGAUUCGAGAAUCUGAAUGUGGAAGCAAAAUGCUAUCUGGGAAGCAGAGGUUUACCCUCAAUCUUCAACUACUUUUUGAAUAUUAUAGAGGGUAUAGCGCACUGCCUCCAUAUUCUUCCAAGUCAAAAGACGGAGUUCUCAGUUCUUAGAAAUGUUAGUGGCAUUAUCAAGCCUGGCAGGUUGACUCUGCUUUUAGGACCGCCAGGCUCGGGGAAGUCCACCUUACUAAAAGCUUUGUCUGGAAAACUUGACUCGGAACUAAAAUUUUCUGGAAAAGUAACAUACAAUGGCCACGAGAUGCACGAGUUUGUACCCCAGAGGACUUCUGCUUAUAUUAGCCAGUAUGAUGUUCAUCUUCCUCUGUUAACAGUUAGAGAAACCUUAACCUUCUCUGCAAAAUGUCAGGGAGUUGGUACUGGCUAUGAGAUGCUCACGGAGCUUUUGAGAAGAGAGAAGCAACUCAAUAUAAAGCCCGAUCCCUAUAUUGAUGCUUUGAUGAAGGCAUCAGUUUUGAAGGGGCACAAGGAAGUCAUAGUCACGGACUAUGUUCUUAAGCUUUUAGGACUGGACGUGUGUGCUGAUACGAUUGUAGGGAAUGAAAUGAUAAGGGGUAUAUCAGGAGGACAAAAGAAACGUGUCACUACAGGGGAGAUGCUGGUUGGACCUGUAAAUGUGCUCUUCAUGGACAAUAUAUCUAACGGUCUUGACAGUUCAACCACAUUUCAGAUAAUAAACUCAGUCAGGCAAUCAACCCACAUCUUGAACAAGUCUGCUCUUAUCAGUCUUCUUCAGCCUCCGCCAGAAACAUAUGAGCUCUUCGAUGACAUUAUUCUUCUUUCGGAGGGACAAAUUGUGUACGAGGGACCCCGUGAAUAUGUUCUUGAGUUUUUUGAGUACAUGGGAUUCAGAUGUCCCGACAGAAAAGCCAUUGCAGACUACCUACAGGAAGUGAUAUCAUGGAAGGAUCAGAGACAGUAUUGGGUAAAUGAAGAACAGCCUUAUCACUAUAUUUCUGUCAACGAAUUUGCAAAGGCCUUCAAGUCAUUUCCCGUAGGAAGAGCCAUCGAACGCGAGCUUGCCACCCCAUUCAAUAGGUCCAACAGCCAUCCUGCAUCUUUGACAAGAUCCAAAUAUGGAGCCAACGUGAAAGAAUUGAUGAAGGCUUGUUUGUCAAGAGAAGCUAUUCUGAUGAAGAGGAGUGCACCUUUUCAUAUUUUCAAGACAGUUCAACUUGAAAUUUGUGCAAUCAUCGCGGCAACUGUCUUUGCACAAGCCAGAAAGCAUCACAGUACUGUAGAAGAUGGAGUAGUCUACCUUGGUGCUCUUUAUUUUGGGCUCAUGACAAUAAUGUUCUCUGGAUUUUCCGAACUCCCAUCCACCAUUGAUAAGCUUCCUGUAUUCUAUAAGCAAAGAGACCUCCUCUUCUAUCCUUCAUGGGCAUUUUCCUUGCCAGUUUCUAUCCUUGGGAUUCCUGUAUCUUUGAUUGAAGUUGCCUUUUGGGUUGCCACGACUUAUUUUGUAAUAGGAUUUGAUCCAAGUGGGAUGAGGUUGCUAAGACAUUUUCUCCUUCUCACAGCGACCGCACAGAUGUCAUAUUCACUUUUCCGAUGCAUGGCUGCACUGUCUAGGGACCAUGUUGUUGCAAACACAGCCGGAUGCCUUGCAUUCAUUGGGCUUCUGUUGUUUGGUGGAUUUGUAAUAUCACGAGAAAAUGCACCGAAUUGGUUGAUUUGGGGCUUUUGGUUGUCUCCCUUAACGUACGCGCAAACUGCACUUUCAACAAAUGAAUUUCUUGGCAAGGCUUGGAAACAGGUUAAUGAUGGAUCAAAAGAAGCUCUAGGAAUAUCCGUCCUGAAAGCACGAGGGGUGUUCAUCAAUCCGCAUUGGCCAUGGACUGGUCUUGUUGUAUUGAUUGGUUUCAUGUUCAUAUUCAAUGGGAUUUCUGCUUUAGCUCUUGCUUAUCUUAAUCGUAAGCAUUCUCAUUUUCAACAAUACUCAAUAAUUAAUUAUCAAUAUUUUUAUUUUCCUCGAUCUUAUACUCCAGAGAAGUACACUAACAGAAUAAGUGAGACUGAGGGGGAGGAGACACUAGAAAAUGGAACAAGCUCCAGCAGGACAAGCACUAAUAAUGCACCAAAAGACCAUGCAUAUGAAAUGACAGAAGUCACUGCAGUUGGUAGACCUAAGAAGCAAGGAAUGCAUCUCCCAUUCAUGCCCCUUUCCCUGACCUUUGAAAAUAUCAGAUAUUCGGUUGACAUGCCAAAGGCAAUCAAAGAUCAAGGUGUUUUAGAUAAUAGAUUGGAACUUCUGAAGGGAGUUAAUGGAGCUUUUAGGCCAGGAAUCCUGACAGCUCUAAUGGGUGUUAGUGGAGCUGGAAAGACGACACUUCUAGAUGUCUUGGCUGGAAGGAAAAACUGCGGAUAUUUAGAGGGAAGCAUCACCGUUUCAGGCUACCCAAAGAGGCAGGAAACUUUUGCACGAGUUUCAGGAUACUGUGAACAAAAUGACAUUCACUCACCCCUUGUCACUGUUUAUGAGUCCCUCCUAUAUUCAGCAUGGCUUCGUCUCCCAACAGAGGUUGAUCCAAAGACUAGAGAGGCUUUUAUUGAAGAGGUCAUGGAGUUGAUUGAGCUAACACCAUUAAGAGAUGCUUUAGUUGGGUUUCCAAAUGUAAAUGGACUAUCUACUGAGCAACGCAAAAGGUUGACCAUUGCAGUGGAGCUUGUGGCAAACCCCUCAAUAAUAUUCAUGGAUGAGCCCACCACAAGUCUAGAUGCAAGAGCAGCUGCCAUUGUAAUGAGAACUGUGAGAAGUACUGUGGACACUGGAAGAACUGUAGUAUGCACGAUUCACCAGCCGAGUAUAGACAUAUUUGAAUCAUUUGAUGAGCUUGUUCUAUUGACACGAGGAGGUGAAGAAAUAUAUGUAGGUCCUCUUGGGCCACAGUCUCGCCAUUUGAUCAACUACUUUGAGGAAAUAUAUGGAGUUGAUAGAAUUAAAAAUGGUUAUAACCCAGCAACAUGGGCCUUGGAAGUGACAACAAAUGCAAAAGAAGAGGUUUCAGGAAUAAAAUUUGCAGAUGUAUACAAAAGAUCAGAUCUUUUUCGGAGAAACAAAGCUUUGCUUAAGGAGUUGAGUACCCCUCCUCCGGAUUCACAAGAACUCCACUUUCCCUCUAAGUACUCUCGCUCUUAUUCUACUCAAUGCAAAGCCUGCCUGUGGAAACAACACAAGUCAUAUUGGAGGAACACACCAUACAAUGCCGUGCGACUUGUGUUUAGCACUUCAAUGGCCAUUAUUUUUGGAGUUAUAUUCCAAGGUCUUGGCACUAGAAGGGGAACAAAGCAAGAAAUUUUCAAUGGGUUGGGUGCCAUGUAUACUGCACUUAUGUUUUUGGGGCCACAAAGUGCUGGGACAGUGCAACCAGUUUUAGCUGCUGAAAGAACAGUUUAUUAUAGAGAGAGAGCUGCCGGCAUGUACUCUGCUUUGCCUUUUGCAAUUGCACAGGUCACAAUUGAGAUCCCAUAUGUAUUGGCUCAGGUUCUUAUUUACGGGAUUAUAGUUUAUGCAAUGAUUGCCUAUGAAUGGACAGCCACUAAGUUCUUCCAGAACAUGUUCUUCAUGUUCAUCACAAUUCUCUAUCACGUAUACUAUGGAAUGAUGGUCAUGGGAGUAAGUCCUAACAACCAAGUUUCCUCCAUAGUGUCCGGUAUCUUUUACUCAACAUGGAAUCUCUUCACCGGCUUUGUGAUCCCCCGAACGAGAAUUGCUGUGUGGUUGAGAUGGUAUGUUUGGGUAUCCCCUGUAUCAUGGAGUUUCUACGGGUUGGCUACUUCGCAGUAUGGAGACAUCAAAACUAAGCUGGACACAGGCGAGACAGUUGCUGUGUUCAUCAGGGAUUACUUUGGGUUCAGAUAUGACUUCUUGUGGGUGGUUUCUCUUGCACUAAUUGGGUUUUGUGUGCUCUUUGUUUUUGUAUUUGCUGCCUCUUUGAAGGCCUUUAACUUUCAGAAAAGAUAA